AUAUAUACACACAGCGCCUGGAUGGUUUCGAUAUUUAAUUAUCAAUAAAUUAGUUUGAGUGGUCACUUGCAGUUAGUGUGUUCAUUGCUGUGCUGAUAGUUGGUUGGUCGGGGCUUGGUGAAAGGUUAUUUAUAGAGCACUUCAUUUGGAAGAAAACAUAGGGUGGAAGCAUCAACAAAAUUCAAAUUGGCGCGCUGUUUAGUUCAGAGAAAAAUUACGAAAUUACAUUGAUUUUCCUAUUGAAAUUGAGGGCGCUCGUGUCGCCACAGUUGUCAUUCAAGUCUUAGCUUCCUACCGAUGGAAGAAAAUAGUUGAGCGAACUAUGGAACCAAAGUGGAUAGUUUUCAUUUUAAGAUAUUUCGAUUGCUGGGGCUUUUGUACGGAGUUUCAAACGACACAAAGAAGAUCUGAUGAAUGCUACUUAGUCAUCCUUGUGCUGCACAUUGUAAUGGAUUUCUUUGCUGCCUGGUCAAUUGUAGCAUUUCUCAAACGACCCACAGACGAUGAACUUGGCCAUGUCAACGAUGUUAUCAAGUUGGGUGGUAUAUUGUUCGUUUGCUUUUUGUCCGUCACUGAAUCCUACUUCAAACGGAAACGACAACGUAGAUUUUGGCAUGUUUUUCAGAAAAUUGAACAAAGCUAUCGCUCAAGACAAUCAUUUCGACUACAAAGCUACCUGAAGAAGUUUGCAUUCUUUAUAUUUGGGUCGAUAACAUCAACGUUGUAUCUUAUGUUCUACUCAUACCACAACGGUUCGCUGUUCAUAAACUAUCCACAUUUCUGGUUUACCUAUGAAAUUGUGACAAGACAAUACCGAAAUCGUGUCUUGUACUAUUUAUUUUACUUGGAGCUAGUUGAAAAUGAACUGAAAACGAUUGAAGGAUUGGCAAGAGAUGCAGCACAAAGUAGUCACUGUUCCAUGUACAAAAUUGACAAGAGAGAAAAUAGUGGAAAUCAAAGUGAUUUGAAACGGAUUUUUGAAUACUAUCAACUAGCAUGUGAACUGAGUGAAGAGCUCAAUUCAGUGUUUGGUUGGUCUAACGCAGCAACUAUUUCAUUUUUAUUCGGUCUUAUUCUGACUGAGCUCAAUUGGGUCUACUGGAUAUGGUACAAUCGCUUUGAUAUCGUCAACAUGAUUGAUUACAUUUUCUGGAUUCUUCGUUUGAUGUUCAUUACUUUUUGCGUAUUUUUCGUGGUGCUCGGUUGCAAAAAGCGGAAAAAGAAAGUGCUCUAUUACAUGGGUUCAAUUAAGUUCCACUGGAACGACACAAAAACUGCGUCUCAGGUGGAAUCCAUUUUCUUUGAUAGUUUUCAUCAGCCCAUCACUUUCCACGCCAAAGGAUUGUUUGAAAUCAGCCAAGAAACUAUGCUGCAACUCAUUAACCGGAUUACAAUCUACAUGACGGUGUUCAUUCAAUUCUCGCCCAUGUAUCGAUUGUGCUAUGCCAUGGUCGAAUGCUUGCGCAUUCGUGGUCCUAAGUCGAAAGAAAAUUCGUAAAAUGCGAAAAUGCGCCAAAAGAAAUUCCGAGACAAAUUCAUUCAUUCAAACGAAUUCAUUGAAAUUUUUUCCUCUCUUUUGUAGCGCUGUCAAGCUAUCUAGUGGCAUUGAUUGAAUUUCGUUUGGAAAUGAAAAAAAAAAUCGAGCUAAAUAUUUUGGAUCGCAAUAAACGAAGCACCCAAUGACGUGUGAUGAAAAAAAAUUGCUCGAUAUUUUUCAAGCUUUUUUUCCCUCGACAACAUGCAUUACAACGUGUGAACAAAAUAUGAAUGGCAUUUAUGGAAAUAUUCAAUGGAGUAAGAGAAAGAGAGAGAAAAAAACAUUGUCGAAAAGCCAACGCAGCGUGUGGUAUAAUAAUAUGCUUUUGUACAUGCACUUUGCACAAUUUAAUAAAACACGCUCGGUUUGCACGAAAGCAAACGGAAAUGGGAGAAAAUGUGCUGAAUUUUUACACACACACACACAUCCACUGUGCAAUUUGUACAUUUUGCAAACAUUUUAC